AAUGUCAGUGUUUCACUGAAUAAACAUAGUGCAUCCAUUUAUCAACAGGAUUUGUGGUCAAUUGUUGGAUGUGUUUCUAUUAUUAAGGAUGUUGUGCACUUUUAAAGGACUUGCAAGAAUGUUAUUGUGAUUCUAACAUCCAAAAUUGAUGUAAACUAUCUAGACUGGUAUGCUGAAUUUGCAUAAUAUGAUGUUGACACUGGCAGUGUUUUGCGUUCUCCGUAUUUAGUGUGACUUAUGGUGUCUAAAACAUUACCUAUAUGUUAAUACAAUUAUUUGCAAAAUGAUAAGCAAUAAAUGCAUAUUGCUCAGAAAUAGAAUUAAUUUGCUUGCUUAUAAAAAUAAGUGAACUUGAAUUACAUAAAUGAAAAAUUAGGUCAUUUAAUCCAGCCAUUAAAAGUGUUCUGCAGUACUUAUAUUUGUUACAAAGAUUGACAAUUUCAACCUCUGAAAUCAAAUAAUUCAUUGACAGUGUCAUAUGUUUUACAUUGAAAGGUUCUGUAUUUUAGUGUGUUAAAGGAAUCUGUAAUUUGGUAAAACUCUUUCAAGAUUUAUAUCUUGUACCAUAGAACUUGUGAUUGUAAUAACAGACAUCUCCAAGCUGAGAGUCCAUAUUUGACAGUUAGAACAAAGUUAAUCUAUCCGAACAAAGUUAAACUAUCCGAACAAAAUCAUACAAUACAGGAACUUUGGAUGCAUAUUCCAUGGUCAACUAGAGGUCAUAUUGGAAUGACCUUGACCUCUCUGUUAUCUUUUCAAUGGGUAGAAUAUUACGACCUCAGGACAUUGUACUAGGAGAAAACAUGUAUGAUGCGGGAACGACAAAAAUGGGUCGACUGCGCAAAAUGUUGUCCGGUUUGAGUGACCUAGAUUCUGUGGGAUCUCAGGACUCCAACUUCAGCAAAGAGUCAACAGACCUCUCACUGGAUGAAGAAGGAGAGGCGCUGCGUAAAGAGACCACUAAGCAAGCUUGCGCACAGCUUGAGAAGUCUCGGAGCAAGCCAGUUGCAUUUGCUGUGCGCACGAAUGUGUCCUACGAGAGAGCCGAUUCAGACAACUCACCAGACCCUUCCAAAACAGUGUCUUUCGCUGUCAAAGAUUUCCUUCAUAUUAAAGAGAAAUUCAACAAUGAUUGGUGGAUAGGACGACUGGUAAAAGAAGGUUGUGACAUCGGUUUCAUACCCAGCCCCGCCAAGCUAGAAAGUUUAAGACAGCAGAUCAGCGGGGGUCGCUCAAAAAACAUCCCAGCUAAAGGGUCAGCAUCGUCACCAAAUAUUCCUGUGGAUAAUUUGUUGCGGACAAAUUCCAGGGAAUCAACAACGCCACCCACUCCUGGAUUGGAUGUGGAAAAUGGCUGUGACAGCGUUGAUGACUCAGAUAGUCUGGGAAAUUCCGGCUCAAAGAAAAGUAACCUCACACCAACCAGUGCGACCCCAAGCACAACGGGGACUGCUACCAAAGAAAAACGAAACAGACCUUUCUUUAAAAAGUCUGAGAAUAUUCCUCCUUAUGAGGUAGUGCCUUGCAUGCGACCUCUGGUGUUAAUCGGGCCAUCUUUGAAAGGGUACGAUGUAACUGACAUGAUGCAGAAAGCUCUAUUCGACUAUCUGAAACACCGAUUUGAAGGAAGAAUCAUUAUAACCCAUGUGACGGCGGAUAUUUCAUUAGCGAAGCGUUCCUUGUUGAACAACCCUCACAAGAGAGUUCUGAUGGAACGUGCGAACAGUAGGGCUUCCGGACUUGGUGAGGUCCAAAAAGAGAUUGAGCGAAUAUUUGACCUGGCGCGCGACUUACAGAUCGUUGUCCUAGAUUGUGAUACCAUUAACCAUCCCUCUCAGCUAGCAAAAACCUCUCUUGCUCCUAUCAUUGUCUAUCUUAAGAUUGCAUCACCAAAGGUUUUACAGCGUUUAAUCAAAUCCCGAGGCAAAUCUCAGAGUCGAAAUAUGAAUGUACAGGUUGUGGCGGCUGAUAAACUUGCUCAGUGCUCACCGGAUAUGUUUGAUGUGAUUCUGGAUGAAAACCAGCUAGAAGACGCGUGCGAACACUUGGCCGAGUUCUUGGAGGCAUAUUGGCGAGCGACCCACCCGGUCAACAUAAACCCUCAGUCCCCACGUCGCGAUAUCCAUUCCCCUACACAUCUCUCAAUGCGAGGCCCUCACCUAACUAACCCCCAUUCCCAUUUAUCUCCUCGUUCUCACAGUCUGGAACCCGACGGAGAGGGUACCCAUUUGCCGCGCCGUGGGGCCAGCGAGUAUACCCGCACGACCGAUCGUCAUAAUGACUCCCGUAGUGAUCGCCCACACAGUACCCACGGGCCACAUGGGAGUUCAAGACAUGAACGUUCAGCUCGGGACUCUAAGUCUCACCAUGAUUAUGACGAUAAUUUAGACUAUGAUAAACGUAGUGUUAGUGAUAGAGAAACGUCUAAUCGGAGGAAUUACUCGGGACCUGGUAGUUCGCAUGAUAAAUAUAACGCCUCUCCACACGGAACAAGAAGAGCUAUUGCUCGGGAGGGAACUAUUGAUAUCUAGUAUUUAUUUUGAUGCUUCAACAAUUGUUCUUAUGAUCUAAUGUAUUUUUUUGGCUUGUUUUAAAGUUUCUUCAAAGAUUGAAGUGUGAUUUCUUGGGCAUGAAUUUACAAAAUCAAACUGAACCACUAAGUUCAUAGCAUAUAGUCGAUUACUGUAAAGUUGUGGAUAAUAAAAUUGCUGCCCAAAGAAUUGGGUAAGAAAUCUUCUGAAGAAGGGGUAUCAGCAUUGUUGGCUGUUUGUACAUGAUUGAAGAAAUGAGCUGAACAAAAUAAAAUGGUAAAAGGAGAUUACUAUUUUCAAGAUCAUUGUGCAAAAUCCUCAACCCAUUGAAUAGAAAAUGACUUUCAGAUGAACUUUGGUUUAAAACAAGGCCAUAUUGAGGUGUUGUGAGUAAUUAUUGAUACAGUUAAUGCCCACUUCCUAAUAUUUAACCAUUCAAUUGCUGAGAUUACAGCUGACAAUUGUGUGUUUUAAUGAUAUGUGUAUUCGUUGUUAUUGUUACAGACCAGUUCUUAAUAAUUCUGGGGGUCAUGAAAGUGUGUUAUCUUUACCUACAAGUUGAGAUUGUUACAUUAUAAUAAUGAUGAACUUGACUUGAUAUUCUUGUAAAAAAUAUUGUUAAAUCAAAUUUUCAUAUUUUUUUCUCAUAAAGUCUUUCAAUAGUUGGACAGGUUGGAUACAUGGACCUCAAAAACCAAGAGGCUGUCGGAACCAGGGACAUAUAGGUCCACGGUUGAAACAUAUUGGUUGUGAAGUAGUGAUAUUUAUUAGAGAAUGGAAUAAGAAAGAGGCUGUGAAAAUGCUUUAAAGAAAUGGAUAGAUAGCAGAACGGAAAAUGUAAUAAAACAUGGUGGAAAAAGGGAUGAACUCAAAGGAAUGAACACGGAAAAAGGGAUGAACACAGAAAAAGGGAUGAACACAGAAAAAGGGAUGAACAUGGAAAAAGGGAUAACAUGGAAAAAGGGAUGAACAUGGAAAAAACAGACUCCUAUUGGAAGAAAAUAACCGUAUUUGAAAGACUGUGACUAAAUACAAAUGAUUUGCAACUGAAUGCAACAUCAUAUAAUGGUUUGUCAUACAGAAUGGAUAUUGUGACGAUUUUGUAAGACGCAAAUCACUUACUGAUUCUGAAUCCACAGUUAGGGAUUAGGAAAUAUGUUGUGUGUGGACACACUGGUACAUUUUUGUCUUGUAUUUAAGGUUCACCUGUCAUUUUUGCUUAGAACAAAAUGGUAGAUGUUUAUGAAAUGAUAUGCAUUUUAUGGCAAGAUUAAUAGGAACAUGAUUUAAUGAAUUGAGAACACAUAUGAUAGUUUUAAGAUUUAAGUCCGAGUCAAUAUUAAACUCUUCAUUACAUGUGAACAUUGGUCUCCAGUAUGAAAUCUAACUAAUAAAAACUGUCUACAACUUUUUCUGCUUGAUUGUUUUUUUCAAAAAAGAGUGAAACGUAUACAGAUUACAAUCAAUACAGGCGUUGCUUGUUUGAGUAAAUUAAAUAGUAUAGAGUCUCAAAGGGGCUGAACGACAAGAUUAGAGGCUGCAAGUUGGAAUAUUUAUGAUUGGUUAAUCAAUGUAGAUAAAAGGGUUGAUUGGCCUUUGAGGUGUGUUUUAUUAUGAAAUUUUACACAUUUUUAUAAAUCUAUAAUAAUCAAACCUGAUUUGGGUUACAUUUGUUACAAUUAAAUAUUGAAGUGUGUAUAAACUGUAUGAUAGUCCUACAUACUUUCACUGUUUUGUUUGUGUAGCCUGGUGAGUCUCAUUCAACUGUUGAUAAAUGUUAUAAUUGUGCUCUGUGAAAAUGUUUGAUAAACUUUUGUUUUCCAUUUUAAAGGGACUUGUUUUACAUGUAUAAGGUCAUAGACAGUUCUUUUGUUAAUAGUUUUGAAAUGUGACAGAUAAUGCUCUAUUUGCCAUAAAGAGUAGGUAAUGCUGUUGAAAAUUGAAUCAUUUUAGGAAGAAAAAAAAUCGGAUUAAAAAGUUACUGCUGUUAAUUGUUUGUUCAUAAAAAAACAAAUAAGUUUAAAAACAAGUUUGCCAACAUUAAAUCUGUGAUGGAUGUUUUAAGUAACUGUUAAAGUAAGGGUGUGAAAUGUUGUUUGAAUGAUCAUUUAGGGAAACAAAGUCUUUACAAAAUUGGAAUCAUAGAACAUGUUUUUGAAAAUAUUGAGAUAAAAUUUUGAUAUGAUAAAUAUCCAAAUCGGUCAAAUUGAAUGAAUAUUUACAACAUAUUAAUAAUUUAUCUUCCAAAUCGCUUUUAAGUUAGAAUGACAUACAACUGCCACAAAUAUUAAUUUUAAAUGAGAGCUCUUGCAGGCCAAGAGUAAAUGGUGACCAUUGACAGAUCUAUUUACAGUUGUAGUUUGUGAAACAAGAAAUUGGUGAACAUAAUUGGUUUAAAGAGUAUUUAUUUUAAACAAAUCAGGAAUUCUAUGAAUAAAAAUGAUAUCAGUCAAGGAUUGAAAAUAACUGUAGCGACAUAAUACAAAUUGUACUACCAAUCAUUGAAGGUGCCUUGUUUUCAAGUGCACUAACAAAAACACCACAAAAGUAUACAUUAUUUAUGGUGGUUGAUUAAGAUUUAUCAGUGAAAUAAAAAUCAUAUUUCAUAAUCAUAUUUCAUUGUUUAAAAUUGAAAAAAUCAAAUUGAAACAAUGAAAUAUCACUUAUUUUUUUCACUUACUAGAAAUUUUAGCAAAUUCAGCUAUCCAAAUCAAACAUGAGCAGGCACACUGGUGAUAAUAUCACUCAGUGAAAUAUAUUAUGAGCUUACCAUGAAACAAACAAUUAUCCUUUAUUAUUCAACUGAAGAAGAUGUUUUUGUAUUCUAUUUAAAUUUUUGCCUUUUGCCCAUUACAAUUUUUUGCACCAAUAUUUCAGACUAUUAUUAUGUAAGGGUAUUUAUUAGAAGCAGAUGUUGAGGUUUUGCAUGAGGUGACAAUUAUGGAGUGUUUAUGUAGUCACUAGAGAUAUUAUUAAACAAGUUUAAAAAAAAAAUAUGAGAAGUUUGGAUACUUUACUGAUAGAAGUAAAAACAGUUAAUUAAAUUUUGUAUUGAAUGACCACAAAUGUGUUAAUCUAUUAAAAUCAUAAGUUCAUAACUAUUUAUUUAAAGAUGUAUUCAUUUAAGACUUUGAGGCAGAGUUAUUUUACAAGUUGCAUAUACAGAAUAUAUAAAAAUGUUAUUGCAUAAUGGCGACGCCAUUUAUUUAUUUAUCUAAUUUUAUUUGUGUGAAAUGGUUGUCAUUUGUAUACAUUCUAAUUAUACAUAAUAUAUGGGUGUGCAAUCUGUUGAUACAUUCAUUAUACAAAGAUCUACUCAAUUUGUUUUCAUUUUCUGUUACAAAUGGAUUGUGCAGUACAGCUAAUACUUUCACUUUUGUUGUUUACAUGUAUAUUUAAAUUAUUUGAAUGAUUGAUAAUAUAUAAUAUUGGAUGUUAAAUGAAUUUUGGGGUAAGUUAUUGGAUGGAAACUCCGCUAACUGUUUUUAAAAAAUGUUAUUGUUUGCUUAUAUUAUUAAGACCAUGUUUUUUAUUAACAUCUUCUAUUACACUGAAAUACCUGGAUAUACUUCAGUUUACAUUUUAUUGGCAUUAUUUCUGCUGUAGUGGACUUAAUGUUUGAAAUGAAAAUUAUACAUUUUCUGAAUACUUGAUUUAAUAAGAAUAUAAGGGCUCAUCUGAUCAACUAUUACAGAAGUAAAAGCUUAUUUGGUUAGUAUUGGCAAAGGUUUUUUGAAUGUAUGUCUUAAACUAAUAACUCAUUAAAUGAAAUUCUUGAUAUUAAAAUUAAUGAUGUUUUGUUUUAGGGUUAUUUUGUUGCAUGGCAGUUGAUAAGAUACCCAUGGUGUUAUGUCAAGUAUGCUAACCUUAUACUACAUUUAAAACAAUACUUGUGUUUUUGACCUCUGUUUGUGUCUUGUUUACUAUGGAAUAUUUUGAAUUAUACGGAGUAUGUUAAUUGCAGAAUUGAAUCUCAUUUGUUUGUUUAAACCAUAGCUACAGUGUUUUUAAUUAGAUGACUAAAAGUAUAAUGAAAAACUGAAUGAAUGGAUGGACGAUUGAAUGAAUGGAUGGAUGGAUGGAUGGAUGGAUGGAUGGAUGGAUGGAUGGAUGGAUGAAUGAAUGAGGCUAUUUUCAUGUUCUGUGUUUGGGGAAAACUUAGCUCAUCAUUAAGGAAACAGGAUUGAAAGUUUUUCAUUCAGUCUAUUCUACAGUUAAUAAGUUAACGUUUUUACUAGACUAUUGCAUUCUAGAUUGUAAGACGUACCUUGAAAUGCAAUUUGAACUGCGUUGAAAACCAUUUCAAUGGGAGUAUAUGGUCCUUUCCCAAGGUUUUGGCCUCAAUACCGAACAACAGCUUUUGAUUAAGAUUUUUAGUCUCUGAUCAUCCCUGCUGAGUGUAUGGCAUCUUAUUUCACAAACAGGCAAAUCUUUGAAAAUUAAUUGUCUGUGUGAUGAUUCAUUGUUGGAAAUAAACUGUAAUAUUUCUGGUAGGACAAUCUUAACAACAUAUGAGCUUAUGAGGGUAUUUGAAUAGGGUUUGUGUGCAGUAAACAUUUAAACAACAGUAUACAUGCAUUUGGAUAACAGUGUCUCAGGGCUGCUUUGUACAGAUAACGUAAUUAGCGUUAUGAACUGAAAACUAUUUCUUACUUUGAAAUACGGUAAUAAAAUGAAACUUUACCAUUCAUCAAAGUGUACCAUUUACAAUUAUUUUGCCAAUUUCAAAGGACCAUUUUACAAAGAUAUGAAGGACAAAUAACAUUCUUACUUUGUUUCAAUAAUAUUUUUGCCAAGUUUUGGGUCAAGUCAAGUCAGUAUACAAUUUUGUCAUUUUUCCAGUAUAAGCAACAUGUUGACAGUUCUUCAAGAACAUUAUAGCAAGUUGUGAAGAAUUUUUUACGAAGGUUUUAAGUACAUUAUUCUAAGUUUUCCCCAAACAUUGUGAUUUUUUUCUCUCCUGCACCCUUUUUUCCUGUCUCUACAAAAAGGGGGUGUAAAUAUCCCUAGCAGCCUUUGUACCUUCACAUACAACAUUAUAUGUUAUUAUUCUUGUGUUGGAAAUUGUAAAUAUUAAAAGUUUUUUAUCUCCUAACCAGA